AUGCCUCUUCGAGCGGGCCUCUUCUACUGCGCUGGCAUAGCGGGCAAGAUGAACUGGCUCCUGGUGAGACAUGUGCCUUCCGCCAGUCGGUAUGUGGUCUUCUUCCCCGGGGACAUCAGCGACUUUGCCAACAAACAUGCGCCUUACAGCUACUCGCUGGAGGGGCUUCUCUGGGUGCUCUGCAGCAAGUAUCCAGACGACACCGUCGUCUUGGUCAAACCGCGGAUGAUGCUGGAUCAUUUUGCCAUCUAUGCGAACUUCAUGAUGGUGGAUGGCAUGGGAAAUCCCAGGCAUCUGAGCGACAAGAGAAAUGAGAAGCAGGCCGAUGCAUCCAGACCUGAUGAGUACGACGUUCCAGCGUCGGGUCAUCUGCGUCAGCUGCUGAGUUCGCUGGGCAAAGAGCUUGGUGAGGAAGUGCCAAGCAGUUUGGUCCUCGUUGGCUUCAGCAAAGGAGCCGCGGUACUGAAUGCUCUGAUGCGUGAUCCGGAGGAGUCUCUCUGGUCGGCAGUUCGCACGGUGCACUUCGUGGACGCAGGCCUUGCCAUCCCAGGCGUCUUUCCACUUGGAGAGCAGGAACUUCAGAAGCUGAACAAGGUUGUGCCGCAAGAAUUCGAGAUCUGGCUCCACUGCACACCGCGACAAGUCGAGGAUGAAUCGCGUCCCUUUGUCGCUCAUGAGCACGAUGCCUUCGAAGCAAAAUGUAAGGCAUUGGGAGUUGCUGUGCAGCGGAGGAUGUACGCUGCAGGGCUUCCAGUGAGCCUAGACAUGCACUUCGACGCCCUCCGCUGCUUCGUUACAAGCCGAGAAGAUCAGGACGGAGGGGACCGGCGCUGCGGCUUCUUCCAAGCCUGGAGAGCUGUUGCGGAGGCAGCAGACGACGACUGGACAUGA